AUGCCCAAUUUGUACACUUUGUCUCUUUAUGAGAAUCAUUUGAAUGGCACUAUUCCUCCCUCUAUCUGCAACAUGCAAAACUUGGGAUACUUGUCCAUAAGGAGCAAUCAAUUUUCUGGGGAAAUGCCUCUAGCGUGGAGUGUGGGAAGCAAAAUUUGGUUUCUAGAUGUUGGUCACAACAAUCUCUUUGGUAAUAUUCCCACUUCAUUGGGGGUAUUAAGUUCACUAGAAGUAUUAAAGCUCAACAACAACAAUUUUGGCAGUGUAAUUCCUGAUUCCUUGCAAAAUUGUUCUGGUUUGAGGAGUCUUGAUCUUGGACACAACAAGUUAUUUGGGAACAUACCUCUAUGGAUAGGAGGAUCAAAUGUAUCCUUGUUGUAUAGGCUACAAUUACGAUCCAACGUUUUUGCAAGACAUAUUCCCCAUCAACUGUGCAAUCUUCAAAACCUUCACAUCCUCGAUCUUAGUCACAACAACCUUUCAUGUACUAUUCCCAAGUGUUUGGAUACUUUAACUUCACUGGUCAACAAUAAUUCUAAUGCCUUCAGUAUGGGUUAUUUUGAGCAAGCCACACUAACACUAAAAGGAGCAAAGCUUGUGUACAACACGACUCUACAACUUGUAAAAAGCAUUGAUCUUUCAUCAAAUAAUUUACAAGGUGAGAUUCCUGAAGAAAUAAGUAACCUCAUCAUGUUGGGCACCCUGAAUUUGUCCAUGAAUCAAUUGACUGGAAAGAUCCCCUCCAAGAUCGGAAACUUGCAUUUGCUCGAAACUCUUGAUUUCUCGCACAACCACCUAUCAGGACAUAUUCCUCAAAGCUUGUCAUCUUUAACCUCUUUGUCCCACUUGAACUUGUCUUAUAACAACUUGACUGGAAGAAUUCCUUCUGGAAGCCAGCUUCAAACGCUUAAUGAUUUGUCCAUUUAUAUGAACAAUCCAUCACUAUGUGGCCUUCCUCUCCCAACUAAUUGCCCUGGAGAUGACACUUUCCCAGCUAGGGAUGCAAAUGACAAGAAUAAAGAUGGAAAUCAUGAUAAGUUGUGGUUCUAUGUCAGCGUGGUACUUGGCUUCAUCGUAGGUUUUUGGGGCAUUUGCGGCACAUUGAUCUUAAAGACAUCGUGGAGAUAUGCCUAUUUUCAAUUCUAUGACAACAUCAAAGAUAAGGUAGUACUAGCAAUUGUAUUGAAAGUGGCUUGUUUCAAAAGAAUUUUUUAUAGAGUUUGA